CGGAGCGGAGCGCGCAUGCGCGGUCGCCUUUGUGUGGGUCGAGCAGCGGCAGCGGCGGCGGUGGCAGUGGCAGUGGCUGUCCCACUGGCAGACGGGCUAGAGGGGAGUCCGGGCGGCGUCCGGCGUGGGAGCCGGGGAACCACCAUGGUAAAGAAGCGGAAAGGCCGCGUGGUGAUCGACUCGGACACGGAGGACAGCGGCAGCGACGAGAACCUGGAUCAGGAGCUCUUGUCCCUGGCAAAGCGGAAGCGCAGUGACUCUGAGGAGAAGGAGCCGCCUGUGAGUCAGCCUGCAGCCUCCUCAGACUCUGAGACGUCGGACAGUGAUGAUGAGUGGACGUUCGGGAGCAAUAAAAAUAAGAAGAAAGGAAAGGCCAGAAAAAUAGAGAAGAAAGGAACCAUGAAGAAACAGGCCAAUAAAACUGCUUCAUCAGGCAGUUCGGACAAAGACAGUUCAGCUGAGAGCUCAGCCCCUGAGGAAGGUGAAGUGUCGGAUUCUGACAGCAACAGCUCCUCCUCCAGUUCAGACUCUGACUCCUCUUCUGAAGAUGAAGAGUUCCAUGAUGGCUACGGGGAAGACCUCAUGGGGGAUGAGGAGGACAGGGCUCGUCUGGAGCAGAUGACAGAGAAGGAAAGAGAGCAAGAACUCUUCAACCGCAUUGAGAAGAGGGAGGUGUUGAAAAGAAGAUUUGAAAUUAAGAAAAAACUAAAAACAGCCAAAAAGAAAGAAAAGAAAGAAAAAAAGAAAAAGCAAGAAGAGGAGCAAGAAAAGAAAAAGCUGACACAGAUUCAAGAAUCUCAGGUAACAUCCCACAACAAGGAACGGCGUUCCAAACGGGAUGAGAAACUAGAUAAAAAAUCUCAAGCCAUGGAGGAGCUAAAAGCAGAGAGAGAGAAACGGAAGAACAGAACAGCUGAGCUCCUCGCCAAAAAACAGCCAUUAAAAACCAGUGAGGUAUACUCUGACGAUGAGGAGGAGGAGGAAGAUGACAAAUCCAGUGAAAAGACAGACCGCUCAUCCCGAACAUCAUCCUCUGAUGAAGAAGAAGAGAAAGAAGAGAUCCCUCCGAAAUCACAACCAGUGUCCUUACCCGAAGAACUGAAUCGGGUUCGAUUAUCACGGCAUAAGCUGGAACGUUGGUGUCAUAUGCCCUUCUUUGCUAAAACUGUCACAGGAUGUUUUGUACGGAUUGGCAUUGGAAACCACAACAGCAAACCAGUUUACCGGGUUGCUGAGAUCACGGGUGUUGUGGAAACCGCCAAGGUUUACCAGCUUGGUGGCACCAGAACAAACAAAGGGCUACAGCUACGGCAUGGCAAUGACCAACGGGUAUUCCGCCUAGAGUUUGUCUCAAACCAAGAAUUCACUGAAAGCGAAUUCAUGAAGUGGAAAGAAGCGAUGUUUUCUGCUGGCAUGCAGUUGCCCACUCUAGAUGAAAUCAAUAAGAAGGAAUUAUCUAUUAAAGAAGCUCUUAAUUAUAAAUUUAAUGAUCAAGACAUUGAAGAGAUUGUAAAAGAGAAAGAAAGGUUCAGGAAAGCUCCGCCUAACUAUGCCAUGAAGAAGACUCAGCUGCUAAAGGAAAAGGCCAUGGCAGAGGACCUGGGGGAUCAGGACAAGGCCAAACAAAUCCAAGACCAGCUGAAUGAGCUGGAGGAGCGGGCAGAGGCCCUGGACCGCCAGCGGACCAAGAACAUAUCUGCUAUUAGUUACAUCAACCAGCGGAACCGGGAAUGGAAUAUUGUGGAGUCUGAGAAGGCCCUUGUGGCUGAAAGUCACAACAUGAAAAACCAACAGAUGGAUCCCUUUACCAGACGGCAAUGCAAACCUACCAUCGUUUCUAAUUCCAGAGACCCAGCUGUUCAAGCUGCCAUCUUGGCCCAGCUGAAUGCAAAGUAUGGUUCUGGAGUGUUACCAGAUGCUCCAAAGGAAAUGAGCAAGGGUCAAGGAAAGGAUAAAGAUUUGAAUUCUAAGUCAGCCAGUGACCUCUCAGAAGACUUGUUCAAAGUACAUGAUUUUGAUGUGAAGAUUGAUUUACAAGUUCCCAGCUCAGAAUCAAAGGCUUUGGCCAUCACCUCCAAGGCUCCACCAGCCAAGGAUGGGGCUCCCAGGAGAUCUCUGAACUUGGAAGACUACAAAAAGCGACGGGGGCUUAUUUGAGCUCACCCAGCCUGCUGCUUCUGACCCUGCAUGCCCAUCAGUGUCCCACCUUUCCUCUCCUUUUUGUGCCCUCUUUGGGCUGGAGCAGCAGUAGAAACUGGGAAGAGACUCUAAACUGCCAGUCAUCUGUAAUAUAAACCAUUUGCUGUAUAGACUUCCCUUGUCUGCACCAUCUUCCAUCAACUCUCCCACCUCCAGGCCUCACCCAGUGUGGACCUGGGCUCUCUUGGGCUUUAUCCAUGUCUUUAGAUUUGUGUUUGCCUUAUUUUUUUUUAAACCAGCACAGUUCAUUGGCCACUCUGCACGCAUUCAGUAUUACCGUGAAGCUGGGAUUCUUGCUGGAGCCCCUGGUGGUGAUAGCAGCAGCACUGGGCAGUCUCCUCUCUGGAUUGCCUUGAAUCCAAACAUUGAACAUUUGGAACCUGGCCCUGGUGGAGGGAGUGGGUUCUGGGCACCUACAGUCCUCCAUCCUCUCUCCUCAUCUUACUCUUCUUCCCAUCUCUGUGGAAGAGGGGUUUUCAAAAUCAAUUUAGUUUCCAAAAAGUGUACAUUUGUGGGGAGGGAGGGGUGUCUAUUUGAGAGAGAGAGUGUGUGUGUGUGUGUGUGUGUGUGUGUGUGUGUGUGUGUGUGUGUGCAAGUGUGUGGAUUUUUUUAUCAUUUUUUAAAAAUGCAGUACUCUUUGUAUCAGUCUGUCAUGGGUCUAUAGCUGUUUCAGAUUUUUUUCAGCUGUACUGGAGCAUCUGAAACUGCAAGAAAGAAACUCAUUAAAUGUGAUUCUUCUUAAUAAACAGGCCUGACUGCUGUAGCUGUGUAACUCCCCUUCCCCACCUCCUCUUCCUCAUCACCUCCCCACCUCGAAGAAAACUCCCCAGUUUGGCCCCUUCCCUAUAGUCUGUGUCCUGGCAGGUGGGAGGGAAGCCCACGGCCAAGUCCCAGGGAGGGCAGUGCAGGUGUCUUGCUCAUCCCAUGGGUACAGAACACAGCUUCUUGCCUGAGCGUAGGGGGAAUCUUUUCCCACCCCAUGUACUUGUAUCUUUCUAGUGAUUCUGUUUUGCUCUUUCAGUAAGAAUAAUAUUUUGUUUUUAAGAGAAAGUAUUUAACAUGAUGUGGAGAGAAAGAACACAAAAAGAUUUAGAUUGCAAAUGUUACAAGCAUGUGCAGUUUUGUGUGUGUGUAUACAUAUAUAUAUGUGUGUGUGUAUACAUAUAUAUAUUGUGCAGCUAGGGUGAAGCCAGCAAAGAAGUGUGUAUGUCUUUAUGAAAUGUUUGAAAAGAGAUAAGCUGACUGCUUGAUAAUCAUUCUCAGGUGUAAAGCUCCAAGUGUAAAUAAAAGUGGCAUUUAACAAAUCUUUUCAGAACAAAGUACAGCUGACUAUAUAUACCAAGAACUAAGCUAAAGAAACAGCUGAGAGCUGCUGAUUCCCAUGAGAGCGAGAGGAAAUCUAGCUAGAAGCUCUGCUUUGUAUUUCUUCUCUACUGUUCUUUAAGGACGUGGGGUGAUGGGAAAUCAUGGAGUUAAGUUGUAUUUAAACAUAAAAAUGAACUUGCUAAUAACUCUUCUGGGUUUAGUAGAGCCUCAGCAUUGCUUUAACUUAGUUUACACUUUUUUAUUUUAAAAAAUGCAGUAAUGAAUGGUUUUUAAAAAGUAUUGUGACUGUAAAAUUGAUAAAUAUAACUGUAACACAGCUAUGUGGUAGCUGUGACACAGUUCAGUUGGGCAAAGGAGUGGUGAUGGACUCAUUAAAAUCAUAUAUACUUGAAUAGUCCAUUGACCGGAACCCUUUAUAGACUAUUGUAUAAAUGUGGAAUCACAGACUGUUAAAUGUUGCCUGAACUCCAGCAGAGUCCCGGAGGCUGCUGGGACCUCUCCUAUCAUGACUGACUUGGACUUUUUUCUCUUUCCUGGUUUUAAAAGACAUGAAAUUAUAGAAUCCAUAGAAUUUGCUGGAGUCAUUCUGAUUCACCAUGUAGACCUGUAUUUAAUAUCAUUUGGAUUUUGGAGAAGUGUCAAUUACAUUAUGGCUGUGUAAUAAAAUUUUUAUUAAAACUGCAUCACACUGUAGCCACUUCACCACUACCUCCCCACAUGCAGCUGCUGAAACUUUCGUUCUGAGACGCCAAAAUAGCAGGGAGAAAAGCCAACCAAAGAAGACCGAAAGUUAACUCAUCACUGAGUAGCCUACUUGGUGAUUGCAAUCAAGACUGAGGACUUGGCUCCAGUCUCAACUGAGGCAGGGCCUCGGAACUGAAAUCCUACCCAGGCAUAAGACAUGAAAUUAUAGAAUCAGCUGGGCUUCUUGGUGGUUCACAGUAUUUCUUGUUUUCUUGUGCUGGGAAAUUGCUGCAGGGCCUCCCUGCUCCACACCCCACCCCUACCCCCCACAAUGUGGUUUCAGUGUUGAUGGGUGCAGUACCUAAGGCUGUUUUAUACAUUUUUCACUUCCUUCCAAGAAGCAAAAAGGCCAGUGUCCAUAUGCCUAACUCAUGAUGUAUAGGUCUGUUUGUCUGUCUUGCUUCUGACAGGUGCAGGGAAAGUCUACGCCUGCAACUUCCCUUGAAAAAUAAUGCUUUUGUUUUCUUUGUUUCUGUUGUGAAAUCCUGACCUGUCACACAAACUGUACAGAUAUUUGUAAAUAAAUUUUAUGCCGUUUUAACAA